GCACCCCGGGCAGAGCUGGUGGCACUUUGCCCCAUUUUGCCCCUUCUGGGGACGCUCGCAAGGACGCGCCGAGCGCGGUGCCGAGCCCAGCGCGCACCCGGGGGCGCUGCCGCAUCCCCCGGCGCUCCUGCCCUCCUCCUCCUGCCUCUCUCCUCCUCCUCCUCCUCAUCCUCCUCCCCCCGGAAAGCAGCCCGGCCCACCGCCGCCGGAACAAAAGCGGCGCCGAAGGUGGCCGCUCUCGCUCUGCCACCAUGUCCGCCAGCGGGGGCAGCUCCCCGGGCCACGCCGUGAAGAAGAGGAGCUCCGCCGCCGGCUCGGCCGCCUCGCUGGCGCAGGAGGAUGAGAAGCAAGCCAUGGAGAAGAUGCUGGAGGGCGCGCAGGAGAACGGCUGUGCCCGCUCGCCGUCGCCCUGCGGCUCGGCCGAGGGGGUGGCCCUGAAGAGGAACAUCACGCUGCUCAACGGCGUGGCCAUCAUCGUGGGCACCAUCAUCGGCUCCGGCAUCUUCGUCACCCCCACGGGCGUGCUGCGGGAGGCGGGCUCGCCGGGGCUCUCGCUCGUCGUCUGGGCCGUGUGCGGCGCCUUCUCCAUCGUGGGCGCGCUGUGCUACGCCGAGCUCGGCACCACCAUCACCAAAUCCGGCGGGGACUACGCCUACAUGCUGGAGGUGUACGGCUCGCUGCCCGCCUUCCUCAAGCUCUGGAUAGAGCUGCUCAUCAUCCGGCCCUCCUCGCAGUACAUCGUGGCUCUGGUGUUCGCCACCUACCUGCUCAAGCCCAUCUUCCCCACCUGCCCCGUGCCCGAUGAUGCCGCUAAGCUGGUGGCGUGUUUGUGUGUGUUGCUGCUCACAGCUGUCAACUGCUACAGUGUCAGAGCUGCCACCCGCGUGCAGGACGCCUUCGCUGCCGCCAAGCUGCUGGCCCUGGCUCUCAUCAUCAUCCUGGGCUUCGUGCAGCUGGCAAAGGGUGAUGUGGAAAACCUGACCCCUGAGAAGUCCUUCGAGGGCACCAAGGUGGGCGUUGGGAACAUCGUGCUGGCUCUGUACAGUGGCCUCUUUGCCUAUGGAGGAUGGAACUACUUGAAUUUUGUGACAGAAGAGAUGAUAAAUCCCUACAGAAACCUGCCCCUGGCUAUCAUCAUCUCCCUGCCUGUGGUCACUCUGGUGUAUGUGCUGACCAACCUGGCUUACUUCACCACGCUGAGCACCGAGCAGAUGCUGACCUCCGAGGCCGUGGCUGUGGAUUUUGGCAACUACCACCUGGGUGUCAUGUCCUGGAUCAUCCCUGUCUUUGUUGGGCUCUCGUGCUUCGGCUCUGUCAAUGGAUCUCUUUUCACUUCUUCCCGGCUGUUCUUCGUGGGAUCCCGGGAGGGACACCUUCCCUCCAUCCUGUCCAUGAUCCACCCCCGGCUGCUCACGCCCGUCCCGUCGCUGGUGUUCACGUGUGUCAUGACCCUGCUCUAUGCCUUCUCCAACAACAUCUUCUCAGUCAUCAACUUCUUCAGCUUCUUCAACUGGCUGUGUGUGGCCCUGGCCAUCAUUGGGAUGAUGUGGCUGCGCUACAAGAAGCCAGAGCUGGAGAGGCCCAUCAAGGUGAACAUCUGCCUGCCCAUCUUCUUCAUCCUGGCCUGCCUGUUCCUCAUUGCUGUUUCCUUCUGGAUGACACCCAAGGAGUGUGGGAUUGGCUUUGCCAUCAUCCUCAGUGGCAUCCCCAUUUACUUCUUCGGGGUCUGGUGGCAAAACAAGCCCAAGUGGGUCCUGCAAGGCAUCUUCUCUGCCACCGUGCUGUGCCAGAAGCUGAUGGAGGUGGUUCCUCAGGAAUCCUAGGCAGGAGCAGCAGGGACACUGAGCUCGAGGAAACGCACAAGGUUCUGCUGAGAUGACACAAGGAUCCCACCCCUCACUCCCAGUCCCAGCACUGGAGCUGCCUCUGGCUGCCAGCACAGCCCCAGGCUCUGGCAGCUCCUGCAGCCCCUGCAGCCCCUGCAGCCCAGCCAGGAGAAGCCCUUGGUACGAGCAGGAGCCAGGAGGAGAAUUCCAAAGGGCAAUUCCAGAGGGUGCUGCCGUGCCCCCUGGUGUGUGUGAGGGCUGGGCUCGGCUCUGGGGGCUCCUUUGCUUUGGCUCUGGGAUCUGCUGGAGCCUGGUUUGAGUGUUCAGAGUUCCUGGGGGGGUCCUGAGCUGCCUUACCUGGCCCAGGUGGGGGGUGGGAGGCAGAGGUUCAUCUGAUGUUGCUCACUGCCCCUGACUCACACCCAUGUGCUGCUGGACCUGGCAGUGGGACAGGGCAGAGCAGGAUCAGUGAUGUAGGGAGCCCUCAGCUGAGUGUCACUGUCCCCUCACUGUCCCCUGCCACCCUCUGGGUUUGGAUCAGCACUCCCAGAGCCAAGGCAGCUCCCUGCUGCUGAGCCAGGCCCCCAGGAUGCUGUUCCCCACAGUGCCCACCCCUGGCAGUGAGCACUGAGGGGGAGUUCCUGCAGGGAGCCCAGGAGUCAGUCACUCCUUGGCUUGCUCACUCCAUGCUUUUCUGUGCCAGCUUUCACCCAGCAUGGCAGAGCUGCUCUGCUCUCUCUCCUCGUGGCCCUGCUCAGGGAGCCAUGCUUGUCCCAAACCAUCUGCAGAGAGAAGCAAAGGGUGGGGAUUGCCCUGGCACAUUCCCUGGGGUCUCUCUGUGUGCUGUUGUUCCCUCUGUCCUGCUGUGUUUCCUCUGGAAUGUGCCACGGAGCUGGCAGCACCUGGGUCAGGGCUGUGGAGAUGUCCUGGCUGGCUGGAGCCACCUUGGGCUGUGGUUGGGCUGGAAGGGACCUCAGAGCCCAUCCAGUGCCACCCCUGCCAUGGCAGGACACCUCCCACCAUC